UUACACUCACACAUACGAAGUAACAAUUCGACACAAAAUUUUGAUCGAAAUUAAAAUUUCAUUUAAUUAAUUAAUUUCAAUACAUCCAAGAGCUUUAAAAAAAACAGAAACAAAAAAGUGUUGAAGAAAGCAUAGGAAUUUCGGACGUUAAUUAAGGAAUAAAUUAGUCAGCACAAACGAAAACCAUGGACGGUGAAGAAAACCAAUUUAUCGUUGAUGAUGUCUCCAAAAUUAUUAAGGAAGCAAUAGAGAACACAAUAGGUGGAAAUGCUUAUCAGCACGACAAAGUAAACUCAUGGACUGGAAAUAUUGUCGAAAAUUGUUUAAAUACAUUGACAAAGCAACAAAAGCCUUAUAAAUACAUUGUUACGUGCUUAAUAAUGCAGAAAAAUGGAGCAGGAUUACAUACGGCUUCUAGUUGCUUUUGGAAUAAUGACACAGAUGGAUCCUGUACAGUUAGAUGGGAAAAUAAGAGUAUGUACGUGAUAACAAGUGUUUUUGGUCUAGCAAUUUAAACAAUGAGAUCUAAUUUUGUGGAUUUAUUUUUGAAGACAGUUUUAGAUUUUUUGGUCUCGAUAAAAGUCGUUAAUUUUUUUGA